AUGGGGCACUCGGCCUGGGCCCCCAGCCCCCCACCCACACUGCCCCUGCUGCUGCUGCUGCUGCUGCUCCUGGGGCCCCCCGGGGCCCAGCUCCGGGCCAGCAGGAACCACACAGAACCCCAAGAACCUAAGGUCACAGCGACCUCUGGGAGCCCCAUGACUCCUGUGACCUCGGUGGCCCCCAUGACCUCACCGGUGGGCACUCCAGAGGCAGAGGAUCCCCGUGGUGUGGGGCUCACCUUCCCACCCAGCGUGGCUCCCUCCAGCAGCAGCCCUGGGGGCCCAGCAGUGCUCACCGAGGACGGGCAGCCCUGCCGGUUCCCCUUCCGCCAUGGUGGCCGCCUGCUCCAUUCCUGCACUUCGGAGGGAAGCGCCCACAGGAAGUGGUGUGCCACAACUCACAACUACGACCGUGACCGGGCCUGGGGCUACUGUGCGCAGGCCUCCGAGCCCCAGGAGGGCCCAGCUGCUCUGGACCCCUGUGCCUCCAGCCCCUGCCUCAACGGUGGCUCCUGCACCCGCAUCCAGGACCCCGGGGCCUUCCACUGCAGCUGCACCCGGGCCUUCACCGGCCCGGACUGCGGCACGGAGAGAUGCUUUGACGAGACCCGCCACGAGUACCUGGAGGCAGGCGACCGCUGGGCCCGGGCACACCAGGGCCGCGUGGAGCAGUGUGAGUGUGCGGGGGGCCGUGCCCAGUGCGAGGACACACGCCACACAGCCUGCCUGAGCAGCCCGUGCCUGAAUGGGGGCACCUGCCACCUGAUUGUGGCCACCGGGACCACCGUUUGUGCCUGUCCUCCGGGCCACGCUGGGAGGCUCUGUGACAUCGUGCCCGCCCAGCGCUGCUUCACGGGGAAUGGCACCGGGUACCGCGGCGUGGCCAGCACAGCGGCCUCUGGCCUCAGCUGCCUGGCCUGGAACUCCGACCUGCUCUACCAGGAGCUGCAUGUGGACUCGGUGGCCACUGCGGCGCUGCUCGGCCUCGGCCCGCACACCUACUGCCGGAACCCCGACAAGGACGAGCGGCCCUGGUGCUACGUGGUGCGAGAGCACGCGCUCUCCUGGGAGUACUGCCGCCUGGCGGCCUGCGAGUCCCUCACCCGAGCCCCGCACUCACCCACCCUGACCCUGCUGACCAUGCCUGGGGCCGCCCCCACCGGUCGCCAAACCUGUGGCAGGCGGCACAAGAAGAGAAGCUUCCUCCGGCCUCGCAUCAUUGGGGGCUCGUCCUCACUGCCCGGAUCCCACCCCUGGCUGGCCGCCAUCUACAUCGGGGACAGCUUCUGUGCCGGGAGCCUGGUCCACACCUGCUGGGUGGUGUCUGCCGCUCACUGCUUCUCCCACAGCCCCCCCAGGGAAAGCGUCUCGGUGGUCCUGGGCCAACACUUCUUCAACCUCACGACGGACGUGACACAGACAUUUGACAUAGAGAAGUACAUUCCGUACCCCCUGUACUCCGUGUUCAACCCCAGGGACCAUGACCUCGUCCUGAUCCGGCUGAAGAAGAAGGGGGACCGCUGCGCUGUGCGCUCCCAGUUCGUGCAGCCCAUCUGCCUGCCCGAGUCCAGCAGCCCCUUCCCCGCCGGACACAAGUGCCAGAUUGCAGGCUGGGGCCACCAGGAUGAGAACGGGAGCGCCUACUCCAGCUACCUGCGGGAGGCGCUGCUGCCCCUGGUGGCCGACCACAAGUGCAGCAGCCCCGAGGUGUACGGGGCAGACAUCAGCCCCAACAUGCUGUGCGCCGGCUACUUCGACUGCAAGUCGGAUGCCUGCCAGGGGGACUCCGGUGGGCCUCUGGCCUGCGAGAAGAACGGGGUGGCUUACCUGUAUGGCGUCAUCAGCUGGGGCGACGGCUGCGGGCGGCUCAACAAGCCCGGCGUCUACACCCGCGUGGCCAACUAUGUGGACUGGAUCAAGGACCGGGUUUGGCCCCCUAAGCGGCCUGCGGAUCCCUCCUGAGCACCCCAGGGCGGGGUGGGGGGGGCGUGCUGUCUCCCUGCCUGCUGGCAAUAAAGAUGUUGCCAAGAACACAGUCCACC